GAAUUCAUAGACCCUGAAAUGCCCUCAUUACAUUCCUAGGGCUAGGGCUCGGCUCGAUUCUGCGCCAGGCCGCCCGUUCUUUUGGCGUUAGCUCGGCGCCCCCAGCUUGGAUUACCAUCUACGUAUGGUCGCUGAGCUUGGCAAAAUGACUGUGGCCUGCAGCGCUUUGCUCCAAGCGUCGGGCCCAACGCCCGCCGCGCUGGUUGUCAUGCGCCACGGCAAGCGAGAGGACACUAUAAAUUCGACCUGGCAGGCAAAGGCGCGGUUUCCUUGGGACACCCCCCUGUGCGCUAUGGAAGCCGAGAUAGGGGAGGCUUCGGAGAAGCUGCUUGCGGCCGGGCGUUCAUUUGACGUUGUCUACUCUUCGCCGUUCUUGCGCUGCCUCCAAACGGCGGAGCGCACGAUGCAGCACCUGGGCUGCAACGACGUGCCCGUGCUUGUGCACCGGGGCCUGUCAGAGGUCCACGGGCCAGGCCUCCUCUUCAAGUGCCGCUACCCCACCGCCGCCCAGCGCGCGCGGCUAUGGCUGUGGCACUCGGCCUAUGGCCGCAUCUCGCGCGCUGCCCGGGAGCGCUUCAGCCGCAAGGCGCGCCUGGUGCCCGCCAGCCGCUGGCCCACACUGCCUGAGUCGGAUCCCAAGGCCGCGGCUCGCUUCAAGCAGGUCAUCGCCGAAAUCGCCGCCAAGCACCCCGGCCAGAGGGUGCUUGUGGUGUCCCACGGCAUGAGCGUGCUGGCGGCCUACGAGGCGCUGGGGCUGAGCGGGCGGCUGGUGCAGGUCAUGUUCGCAGGCUUCGUUGCAUGCAGGGCCAGGGGCCAGCACCACCAGCAGCUGGAGCAGAAGCAGCAGGAGGGGCAGCAGCAACAGCAGCAACAGCAGCAACAGCAGGAGAAGGUGGAGGUGGAGGUGGAGGGGCAGGCGCUGGAUGACCUGCAGCCGCAGAAGGACGAGGAGCAUGCGCGCGGGCAGCCGCAGCAGCAGGAGAGCAAACGCGCGCACAAGCACAACCCAGUGGUGCUGCCGACGCCGAUUCCGGGCGCGGGCGCCGGCGGGGCAUGGUCAGAGCUGGAGUUGGAUCCCGAGCUACCCUUUUGGAACCUGGACGUCGAGUUUAAAAGCUCCUUUGAGUAAGGAGACGUUGGGGGAACAGCUUGCGGGUGUGGGCCAGACUAGGCCACGUCCUUAGGAUAGCGCCAAGAGUGAGGGCGUUGUGGGUUGUGGCACGCGGCUAUGAAGGGCAUCGUUGCUUUGCCGGCUGAGGCUUGACAUCAGGGCUACUGUAGUGUAGGAGAGUAAUCAGGGCUUCUGUAGUGUAGGAGAGUGCGUGUCGCAUGUGAGUGCUGGCAGGCGGGAGCAGAUGAUAUUGCACAAGGGACGAGAGUCUGGCAAUGGCAGGAGACAGGUACUAGCAUGAUGCGCCCGCUGUCGUUACUUACAUGAAACGGCGAGUUGAAAGAAGACUGGGCGCAUGUGCUUCACUGAAUUUGCACUAGCAUUCAUGGGCACGUGGAUGCCGAUUUGCGCAAUGCGCUUUAUUCUUAGGCAGCGGAUGGUCAGCUGGGCGGUGGACACAUCACUGUGAUGGGCGGCUUCUGUAUUCCCCAUCCAUGCCCUCGUGCAUUUUGUGCAUUGCAUGCAUGUGCAUGCAUGCCUGAGCGUGAGUCGAUAGCGCUGAUCAGUGACAGGCGGCGGCAUGUUGGCCUUGCCUCGUCCGUUGGCGCGACGUGAAUCCAAGGGCGGUCAUUGUUUUGCGGCUGGACGCAACGAACGCUUCGGCAGGUCUUGGAGUGUGAAGCCGAGCCUACAGGCGGGUGGAGGCGGGUGGAGCCUGGCAUAGUAAGCAAGCAAGCCUGCGGUUGAGUAUAGGGCUGCAGAGGAAAGACUGGCACUGCGGCUGCAGAAGUUAGGGGCUCGAGGCCAACUUGCUGCACACGGACUGGUACCGGGCUCCUGCGUCAUCGUCGGGCAGUGCGAACUUCGUAACCGUGUAAGACUUCAGCAAC